AUGGCCGGAAAGUCAAGAGUCGUUAAGCAACUAUCAAUAUUAGACAAAUUAACUUUUACUACAAAGAAACCACAAAUAAUAAUAAAUCCCACUAAGUACCAAUCUUUAAAAUUAACCUUCCAAGUACAGAAUCACAAUGGACACAUGGGUGCACGUAAAUUUUGGCGUGAAUAUUUACCUACAUUAAAAUUUUACAACCCAAACUUUGAUAUGAAUGUCACUAGAAUCAAAAAUGAUGAUAAGUUAGUACAAGUACCCUGCGUAUUAGAGAUCUUGGAUGAACAGGGGAAAUCUUUGGAAACAAUUAAUAUGAAAAACAAAAGAUCUGAAGAUAUCAUGGAUGAGUUUUUAAGUAAGAUUGACUAUGAAGUAAUAAGUGAGGAUAAGUUAAUAAAAUUCAGUAAAUAG